AUAUGGUCCCAGGGAAGCCGGGAUUCCUGUGGAAUACGCUCCGCAUGGAAGACCCUCCUCUGUGUUGUGACUGGAUCGGGGGGGGUUGGCCGUUAACGGGGUGUCAGGGGGUAUAUAAGCACCCCAACUUUCGGGGUUGGCCGUCACCUGCAACCAACUGCGGUUACCUUGUGCUCUAUCCUCCGGAACUACCACUGCCCAGAAUAAGCCAAGAUGUGUGACGACGAAGAAACCACCGCCCUCGUGUGCGACAAUGGCUCCGGCCUUGUGAAGGCUGGGUUCGCCGGAGACGACGCGCCCCGCGCCGUGUUCCCCUCCAUCGUCGGACGCCCCCGUCAUCAGGGUGUCAUGGUGGGUAUGGGUCAGAAGGACUCCUACGUAGGAGACGAGGCCCAGAGCAAGAGAGGUAUCCUGACCCUCAAGUACCCCAUCGAGCAUGGUAUCAUCACCAAUUGGGACGACAUGGAGAAGAUCUGGCAUCACACCUUCUACAAUGAGCUGCGUGUGGCACCCGAGGAGCACCCCACCCUGCUCACUGAAGCCCCCCUGAACCCCAAGGCCAACAGAGAGAAGAUGACCCAGAUCAUGUUUGAGACCUUCAACGUGCCCGCCAUGUAUGUGGCCAUCCAGGCUGUGCUGUCCCUGUACGCUUCCGGUCGUACCACAGGUAUCGUGCUGGAUUCCGGUGACGGUGUGACCCACAACGUGCCAGUGUAUGAGGGUUAUGCCCUGCCCCAUGCCAUCAUGCGUCUUGACCUGGCCGGUCGCGACCUUACCGACUACCUCAUGAAGAUCCUCACAGAGCGUGGCUACUCCUUCGUCACCACCGCCGAGCGCGAGAUCGUGCGCGACAUCAAGGAGAAGCUUUGCUACGUGGCUCUGGACUUCGAGAAUGAGAUGGCCACCGCAGCCUCCUCUUCCUCCCUGGAGAAGAGCUACGAGCUCCCCGACGGUCAGGUCAUCACCAUUGGAAACGAGCGUUUCCGUUGCCCAGAGACCCUCUUCCAGCCCUCCUUCAUCGGAAUGGAGUCCGCCGGUAUCCAUGAGACCGCCUACAACAGCAUCAUGAAGUGUGACAUUGAUAUCCGCAAGGACCUGUACGCCAACAACGUGCUGUCCGGUGGUACCACCAUGUACCCCGGUAUCGCUGACCGCAUGCAGAAGGAGAUCACCGCCCUGGCUCCAUCCACCAUGAAGAUCAAGAUCAUCGCCCCCCCAGAGAGGAAGUACUCCGUCUGGAUCGGUGGCUCCAUCCUGGCUUCCCUGUCCACCUUCCAGCAGAUGUGGAUCAGCAAGCAGGAGUACGACGAGGCAGGCCCCUCCAUCGUCCACAGGAAGUGCUUCUAAACGGCGACACUGCGCAUCCUCUCAGGAGACGAACAACCGGUGGCACGGCGGCGCCACUCUGGUGCUUAGUGAACAUUUUGUUGUUGUUGUUGUUGUAGUUGUUGUUGUUGUUGUUGUUGUGGUGGAGUGGUCACCCAAGUGCGCAGGUGGCGCAGCCGGAGCGAGCAGUCGACAUCGCGACGCGCAGACUAGCGACGUCAGCAAGUGAAUGUGUGAACUGUACAUAUGAAUAUUUAUUGAUUAUGUCGGCCUAAAUGGACUGAUUGUUUUGUAAGGACGCAGGCCCGCGACCCCUUAACGGGGCAUGUUGGCUGUUUGCUUCGAGGAAAAACCCGUACAACUAACAAGAAAAGACCAAAAAUACAAGAACAAAGCAAAUAAAAAUUUAUUUUCAAA